AUGAUCAAAAUCAUCUUCUACGAGGACAAGAACUUCCAGGGUCGCAGGUACGAGUGCGACAGCGACUGCACCGACUUCCACUCCUACCUGAGUCGCUGCAACUCGGCGCGGGUGGAGGGCGGCACCUGGGUGAUCUACGAGAGGCCCAACUACUCUGGGUACCAGUACGUCCUGACCAGGGGCGAGUACCCGGACUACCAGAGCUGGGUCGGCCUCAACGACAGAGUCAGCUCCUGCAGGAUGAUCCACUUUGCCGCUGGAGAUCCGUACAAGAUCCAGCUCUAUGGUAAAGGGAAUUUCUCGGGCGAGGCGUUCGAGGCCAGCGAGGACUGUCCCUCUGUGCUGCAGAAGUUCCACUGGAGGGAGGUCCACUCCUGCAGGGUUCUGGGCGGCUGGUGGGUCUUCUACGAGCACCCCAACUACAAGGGCCGCCAGUACCUGCUGGAGAAGGGCGAGUACCGCAAGCCGGUGGACUGGGGCGCCGUGUGCCCCACCGUGCAGUCCUUCAGACGGCUGACCGAGUAG